AUGGGCAAGGACGAUAAGAUGGUAGAGAGGUCCGCUUCCGAGGAAGAAGAUGAUUUGAAGAGCGAGAAACGGGAAAAGCUAGGGAAGCUGUGUGCUUCACUGGGGCUACAGCCAAGCAGAAUGACAGAUAAGAUGUUGAGUACCAUUGAGAUGUCGAAGGACAUCGAGAGGAACCAGAGAGACGUGAUUAAGAAGUUGUCGUCGACGUCGCCGCGUGUGGAGGAGGACGAGGACGAGGACGAGGAUGCGAGAGACGGGUGUCAGAGCAUAGUGGUGGACGAUGAUAGUGCUGAGGUGGAGCGGGACGGUGAGAUGCAGCUGAAUACAGUGGGGAAGUCUUUGAAAAGGAAGCGGAUCCCACCGCCGCUCAGUAUAUCGGAGACAAACAGCACAACGGCUAGUUUACACGGCAGUGGCGGCGGAUCUAAUGUUUCGUAUCGACUGGAUGGCGAGAGCAUGUAUGCCAGGAGUGCCCCGGCACAUGUACCGAAGUUCCCCCGUUCGUCUGUCGACAAGCGGUUUCCGACGAUGGGGAAGCCAAGGGUGCAGUAUUUGGGCAGGGUGUCGAGUGGAGUGCCCCGGAGGGACUCGCCGAUUCAGUCUACGAACGCAUACAAACUUAAGACACCAUAUUUGAGCUACUUCCCCAGCUAUCCGAUGCCUCCGCCGGUCCCUGGCCCGUCGAUGGCGGCGUACGCGCCGUACCACCCAUACGGGUAUCCAGGACAGCUCCCGCUGUACCAGUCGACGCCUCAGCAGAUGUACAAUGCACCGAUGGUGCCCCAGUGGCAGCCACGUUCCGCUGUGCCCUACUCUUCGCAGGCCCGUCACCACCAGGACAUGAUCACAAAGGGCAAACGUGGCAGGCUGCAAAAUGACCACCAGACGAAGAAAGCUAGGACCAAAGAGACAGAUGAACGUCUGCGAGACAACCAAUCCAAAGACGCGGACAACGACAGCGCAAACCCACCAGCGGACAACGAACAAGACCAGGACGCAGAGAACGGCGACGACACGGAGUCGGCACACCUGGCCAUCGAGGACGACCCGAGACCUUUCCCAUCAAGCGAGCCCCGAGACCAAAACAUAGUCGGCGAAAUACGGAUCUCCGGAAAUGUGUUCAGCUACGAGUUCCCGUCACAACGCCCCAGCAUCGACAAGAAAAUGUUUAUGAGCAUAUGCGACAAGGUUUGGGACGAGUCGACGCGACUGCUCGAUGAAUGCUCGCCCUGA